AUGCAUCAUCCACAGCCCCUACAAAGCUUCUACAUCUUCUUCUUCUUUACCUACGCCGCUCUUCCAUCCCUCUCUUCCUCUAUUCAAAGCUUGAGCCGUGGAUCAUCGAUCUCUGUGGAGAGACCCGACAAUGUUCUUGUUUCACCAGAUGGCACCUUCUCUGCCGGAUUCCACAGGAUCGGUGACAACGCUUAUUUCUUCGCAAUAUGGUUCAACCAAUCAACCAUUUUCACACCCGUUUGGAUGGCUAAUCGUGACCAUCCGGUUAAUGGAAGACGGUCUGCUUUUUCUCUACAGGGAGAUGGAAAUCUCAUCUUAACAGAUGGCGGGCGGUCUACCAUUUGGACCACAAACACUGCGUCGACUUCCUUGGUGCAAUUACGCCUCGAGAACACAGGAAAUCUCGUCCUACAAAACUAUGAAGAAAAUGGUACGCUCUGGCAAAGCUUUGAUUUCCCAACGGAUACUCUCCUUCCUCAACAACCACUCACCAAGAACUCCAAGCUUAUUUCGUCUAGAAGCCAAACUAACUACUCUUCUGGUUUUUACUCUCUCUACUUCGAUAAUGACAACAUUCUACGCCUACUAUACAACGGUCCCAGUAUAUCAAGCGUGUAUUGGCCAGACCCUGGGUUCGUUAGCUGGGAAGUUCAACGAACGACCUACAACAAUAGUAGAAUUGCUAUCUUCGAUCCUUUCGGCCAAUUCCAUUCCUCUGAUGACUUGAAAUUCAUUAGUUCGGAUUUUGGGUUGGGUCCCAAAAGAAGGCUAACCAUGGAUUUCGAUGGGAAUGUUCGGCUCUACAGCUUAAAUGAUAAGAAAGGGAGUUGGGCAGUUUCAUGGCUAGCCAUCAGAAGAUCAUGCACCAUCCAUGGCCUAUGCGGGCCUAACGGGAUCUGUGUCCACACACCUGAAAGGAGAUGCACAUGUCCACCUGGAUUCAAGGUGAAAGACCCCGCUGACUGGUCGCAGGGUUGUGAGCCCACCUUUGAUCUCUCCUGCGACGCUAAAGCUUCAUCAUAUAUCAGUGUCCCUAACGUCGAUUUCUAUGGCUAUGAUAUCAACUACACUGAGAAAUUAACGCUGGAAGCUUGCAAGUACUUAUGCUUGCAGUUGUGUUCUUGUAAAGCUUUCAUGUACCACAUGGACGGGCUAGGCCGGUGUUACCCGAAGACGUUGUUGCUCAAUGGCUUCCAGGAGUUGUCUUUCUCAGGGACCAUGUACAUCAAAGUGCCGAAAAACAGGACCAUCUCCAAAGAAUACUUCACAGAUGGAAUCAAAUUGAACUGUCCACUGAAAGCCCAUGUCGAAUUGCCCAGAGCAUACGAAACAAAGCAAGAGAAUGCCUUUAUUAAAUACCUCUUGUUGUUUGUCUCUGCAGCCGGUGGAGCCGAGCUAGUCUGCAUACUCAUAGGGUGGUGGUUCAUGUUCAUGAAUAACAAUGACUCAAAUGCCAUUGAACAAGGGUACCUCGUCGCCGCGACUGGAUUCAAGAAAUUCAGUUAUGCUGAACUAAAGAAGGCCACCGGGAAUUUCAGUGAAGAGAUAGGAAGAGGAGGAGCGGGAGUUGUAUACAAAGGAGUGUUGUCGGAUCAACGGGUAGUGGCCAUCAAGCGGCUGGAAGGAAUCAAUCAAGGGGAAGCAGAAUUUCUUGCUGAGGUGAGUACUAUUGGCCGGAUCAAUCACAUGAACUUGAUACAGAUGUGGGGUUUUUGCGCCGAAGGGAAACACAGGCUUUUGGUGUAUGAAUACAUAGAGCAUGGAUCCUUAGAUGACAAUCUCUUCUCCAAUUCUCUUGAUUGGGAGAAGCGGUUCGAGAUCGCCAUAGGGACUGCAAAAGGCCUAGGUUAUCUGCAUGAGGAGUGCCUUGAGUGGGUUCUGCAUUGUGACAUUAAACCGCAGAACAUACUAUUAGACAGUGACUACAUGCCAAAGGUGGCUGAUUUCGGCUUGUCUAAGUUAUUGGAUCGACGCGGGCUAGAUAGAUCGAGCUUCUCAACGGUCAGAGGAACGAGAGGCUACAUGGCUCCUGAAUGGAUCUUGAAUCUUCCAAUCACGUCCAAGGUGGAUGUGUACAGCUAUGGGAUUGUUGUGUUGGAGAUGGUGACUGGAAAGAGACCGACCGGAUUUCAUGUCAUCAAUGGAGGGGAAGGAGAUGGACGGUUGGUACCAUGGGUGAGGGAUGUGAUGAAUGGUAGGGCCAUUUCCAAGCAACGUAGGAUUGAAGAAAUCAUGGAUCCAAGGAUUGAUAGUGGGUAUGAUUUGGUUAAGAUGGAACUUCUUGUUAGAGUGGCUUUGCAAUGUGUGGAGGAGGAAAGAGAUGCGAGGCCCACCAUGAGCCAAGUUGCAGAAAUGCUCCUUGGUCAUGAAAAUAACCAGGAAGGACUUUAA